AUGCAGUCCUCCAGACCUCCAUCCCGUUCCAAGGCAUUGAACUGGACGCCCUCAUCGCACGUCACCGUCUUUAUCCGCAAUCUGAAAUUGUUGCGGCUGGAUUCGCAAGAGGACUGGCCGGAUAUCACCGUUCGCUCGCUUUCCCCCUCAUCGCAGAACCAGCGCCAGCGCAUCAAGGUCGUCGAAUGGGCUCUGUACAACCUCGUCGCUAUUUGGGACCCGAAUACCGCGCAUGAUAAACUCCGCCCGUUCUUCCCCCCGCUAGAACCACUACAGUCGGUGAACCUCCGCGCAGCUCUGUUUCGAGUUCUAACCGAGCUCAAAAAGAAUGGCGAUCUCGGGAGGGAAACUAUUCUGCGGAAAUCCAUGCUGGACGAUUGUAAGGGGGAUCGAUUCGAUGAGUUACUUGCGGUCUUCUCAACGGCUGUCCUUCGUCGGGCCUUGACCGCCACUGCGGAGCAGCUCCCCAAUCCCGCACUCAGACUAUCGACAGCCAAAGGCAUUACUCCCGAGGACUAUCAGCUGAUGGUACCUCUUAUCCUUGCCCAUACCGUUUCUCUUGGUGCAAUGGGAGAUCGCCGCGCUCAUGUGCGCCUGACCUACGACCAAUUUUCUGAGCUAUUGGAUAGCAAGAAAGUACAACUCGCCAAUCGGGCAAAUGAUGAUUCCUCCACUAUCCCUGGUGAUCCGAAAAACUUUGAUACGCUAGCCCAGGAGAUUAGAUCAAAUUGGCUGGGCAGUGAAGAAUGGGCGGAGACUUUGCUUUACGGUGGCUCUCAGAGCAGUAGUGAUGCUUUUCUGGAGUUUCCUUUCUCCGAGGCAUGGUCCAGAGCUAAGAAGUCUUCGGUUGAAGAUCUCAGUGCCAGCUCAGCUCAGGAUCUGCUAGUUGAUCUGGAGUCUCGUGUUUCACGGCAGCGCGAUCGGUUGGAUAGAUGGCGUGAAUUUAGCGCAUCUAUUCAAAAUGCAGAAGAUCCCGGAAGUCUGUCAUCAGGAACUACCUCAAACAGUACGCCAUUGGUUUUUAGAGAUCAUCAAGCUCUAAACAUUGCCAGCAUCUCCAGAGCGGUUCGACAACCAGUAAAUCGUACUUGUUUAAGAGGAGAAGACCAGAAGCUUCUGUCCUCCAUGAACGAAGCCCUCGCUCGCAUUAGCGGUAAAUCCAACCUGUCCGGCCGGGCUGCUCCUCCAUUGCGCGUACCUGCCGUGGAAACAGACACCGGUGGUCGCACAAGCAGUUUGGCAUCACCCGAACCCAACACCUUUUCUCCAGAAGAAACUGGCUCUGAAAUAGCUGAAUCUCCUACAUCAUACAGUCGGGCGAGCUCUCCUAUUGUGCAGGUUUCUUCAGAAGUGAAUCCUGACAAAGGAUAUAAAAGCACUCGAUCCAAUACCUUUACUCUGGUUGAACGCACGAGGAAAUCCAUGUCAUUGGUUCCCCCGAUGCCUACUACUCGCUCAAGGGAAAGUCUUGCACCUCGUUCGUCUCGUGCCUCGUUCCCCGUGAACCAAUUCGAAACGCCGCAGAAACAGGGGUCACAUCGAUAUGACUCCAUCUCCAGGGCAUCUACCCCGCAGGAUGAGUUAUUUAAAGAGGAGGCGGACUAUUCCAGCGUUUUCAAAUCUCGACCACGUGUCGCUCACAGCCCUAUUGCUUCUCCAGCGGUUCACUUCAGUCCAAUGGAUGAUUUUGACCUGAAUGCGGACACGGAUAUUAACCAGGCGAGAAGCUCAUGGGCUGCAAACGGGGAUUACAGUGAGCUGGAUCUGACGAAUUCCCCGUCCCGUCGUCGCAGGUUCUAA